AUGGGACAGGGCAUUUCAACCCAUGACCAGUUUGUCAGGGGCAUCAAGGAGGCACUCAAGACGCGAGGAGUGAGGGUUCGUAAAAAAGAUUUAAAAGUUUUCUUUAAUCGCUUAGAUGAUUGUUGUCCAUGGUUUCCACAGGAAGGAACAAUAGAUGUAAAAAGAUGGGCUCGUGUGGGGGAUUGUCUCAAAGACUAUUAUCGAUCCUUCGGCCCAGAAAAGGUGCCUGUAGUUACAUUUUCUUAUUGGAACUUAAUUAAUGACAUUUUAAAAGUCCACUCCCACACCCCUGCCCCCGAUAUUCAGCCAGUUAUUUCCCAAGGAGAGGAGGUUAUGAAACAGAGUAGACCCCCCUCUAGAGCUUCCUCUCAGGGGCCACCCUCAGUGAAAGAAUUGUCGGAUAUGGAACAGGGGACAGUGCCUUCCACGCCUAAACAAAUUUAUCCCUCCUUAGCAGACUUUGAGGGCCCCAAACCCCUUGACCCUGGCGACGCCGCCAUUUUAGAGGAGGAGGCUGCUCAUUAUCAUAACCCUGAUAGCCUCGAACAGGACCCAAGACCCCAAUUUUCCCAGCUGCCGCCAUACAAAUUUCCCCAAAAACACCCAUUCUGCGGCCCGCUCCUUGAUGGGCACCAUGGCUCUCUUUCUAUCGCCAUUCCGGUCCCUUCGAACCUCCCUGACAGCAUCUGCCAGUUGCGGGCCACCCUGGAGGCACGCCGCGAGCACCUGAGUCUCUUAAAGGAACUUCGGUCCCUAGACCAGGAACUCUCUGACCUGGCACUACAAAAUAAGCAACCAAAAACCAUUCCACUUAAGACAAAAGCUCAGACCCGCCUGGCAUUCCCGGUCACCCGCAGUCAGACUCAAUAUCCCCCUCAGUCUGAGGAAGAAGAUUCCCCGCCGCCCCUAGAAAGGGAGGAGGAAAACCUAACUGGGGGUGGGGAGGACGAUCCUGAUACAGGAACGGGUGAAGAGCCCACUACUGGCCACGGCCAGUGCUACAAAAGGCUAGACCUUCGGUUUCUUGAACGUCUCAAAGCCGCCUGCAGUCAAUACGGACCCAUGGCUCUGUUUACACUGGCCUUGAUUGAAAACCAGAGUGAGACAUGGUUCACUCCUAAUGAUUGGCAUUUUAUUGCCCGUGCCACCCUCUCUGGGGGAGAUUUCGUUCUGUGGAAGACUGAUUAUUCUGAACAGGCUCGGGAACUAGCCCGCCGUAACAGCGAGAGCCCUACUUCCCAAAACUGGACGGUUGACAAAUUUCUAGGCAUGAUGCCUUAUGAUAAAAAUGAAACUCAGGCAGCCUUUCCGCCGGGACUCUUAACACAAAUUCAAAUGGCGGGCCUUAAGGCCUGGAAGCCGCUCCCUCAAAAGGGCUCUGCCACCACUUCCUUGGCAAAAGUCCGGCAAGGACCAGAUGAGCCCUAUAGUGAUUUUAUCUCCCGCCUUAAUGAUGCGGCAGAGAGGCUGCUCGGCUCCGGGGAAAACGAAAGUACCUUCGUUAAACACCUUGCUUUCGAAAAUGCCAACCCGGCUUGCCAAGAGGCCCUUCGCCCCCAUCGGGAGAGAGCCACCCUUUCUGAUUAUGUCCGCCUCUGCGCGGGGGUCGGUUCCGCCCAUGCUAUUGGAUUGGCCAUUGGGGCAGCCCUUAAGGCAGCCAAUUUUCGCCCCUCUGGUGGCAUUUCACAAAAUCGCCUUUGCUUUACCUGUAAACAGCCUGGUCAUUUUUCCAGAGAGUGUCCUCAAAAGCAGUCUCCCCGGGGAACUGCAGCCCUUCCAACCAUGCCCUCCCCAGGUGUUACUCCACGCCCUUUGCCCAAUUCUCUCUGCCCCCGAUGCGGACGAGGAUUUCAUUGGGCAAAUGAGUGCCGUUCCAAGACUGAUAUUCAGGGGCGUCAGCUUCUCCCUCGGAAGUCGGGAAACUUCCCUCGGGGCCAGCCCCUGGCCCCUACACCUCCGGGAGCGCUCCAGGGGGCCUUGCAGGCUGCUCCCCAACCAAGCCAAGUAUUCAAUCCCUCCAGCGCGCCACCCCUGGCAGCGCAGGACUGGACCUCUGUUCCACCACCAACACAGUACUAG